GUCAGUCACAGGUGAGUAGCAGCAGCGUGGAGUCUGGGCCCUCUGGUUAUUACUACCAGGGUGUGUGGCGAGCACUAGGUGGCACUACAGUUUCUCAGUUCAACACUUCCUCAGCCAUCACUCAGUGCCUCAAAGGCAAGGUGGUUCACCUGUAUGGAGACUCCACCAUCAGACAGUGGUUUGAAUACCUUAACACAGCACUACCAGAUCUUAAGGAAUUCAUCCUGCAAAAUUCGAAGCAAGUUGGACCGUUUAUGACCCUGGACUAUGCAAACAACAUCUUGGUGACAUACCGCUGCCAUGGCCCUCCUAUUCGAUUUAGUAAUGUCCCAACCAGUGAACUCCGCCAUAUUGCCAACGAGUUAGACAACGUGGUUGGAGGCAGGAACACCAUUGUAGUUCUUGGCAUCUGGUCACACCUCAGUACUUUCCCUGUUGAGGUCUACAUCCGGCGGCUACAGGGAAUCCGCAGGGCAGUGGUGAGGUUGCUGUCCAGGGCUCCAAGCACACUGGUUGUCAUUCGAACCGCAAACCCGAAAGCUCUGACGCUCUAUGAGACACUUACUAACAGCGACUGGUACUCGCUGCAGCGGGACAAGGUGCUCAGGGCCAUGUUUAAAGGAUUGAAUGUCCAUCUGGUGGAUGCCUGGGAGAUGGUCGUGGCCCACAACCUGCCACACAGCCUCCACCCACAACCUCCCAUUAUCAAAAAUAUGAUUAAUGUUCUUUUGUCCUACAUAUGCCCUAAAAAGGGAGCUUAG